AUUGAGUUGGGUUGCUUCCUAGAUCGUGUUGUUUUAUCGAGAGUUGUGUUGUACCUCCAGUUUGACAGCAUAACCUAAACUUAAUGUUUAUUUUGAUUUGAUUUGAUUAUUAACAGAUAAAUAUUUUUUUGUUGAAAUGAGUGAAAAAGUGAAACAAACGUGGAUAGAUUUCGUAAAGUCGUACAUAGAAGCGAGGUUAUUAUGGGAUCCUAAGCACGAGAACAGAAACAACAAGGGACUACGCGCAGAAGCUUAUGAAAAGUUACUUGAAGAGUAUCAAAAUAUUUAUGAAAAUGCGUCGCUGGAGGAUAUGAAACACAAACUUGCAAAUAUGAGGACUACAUUUCACAGAGAAAGAAAAAAGGUCCUCGACAGCAUACAAAACGGGAAUGAAUGUGUCUACAAACCUACAUUAUGGUACUUUGACUUGUUUAAUACUUUUGUUGAUCCAAAUCCAAAUACAGAAGGAAUGAAAUUCGAUACAUUAAAACAUUUUAAAAAAACUAUGUCAGUUGCAAGGCCAUCAAGAAGAAGUGAGAGAGAAAGGUUUAGAGCAGAGAUACACAAUGAAUCUACAAAGGGAAUGGAAGAUGAGGAAAGCUCGGAAACACCGGCGGCGCAAAAAAAGCGGAGGAUAUACAAUCUACUUCAAAAGCAGGAAAGAUUCGUAGAUAAAGCCAGCCAGAUGCUGCACCAGAAGGAAAAAGAAUGGGAAAUCAACGGCAAAGCUAUCGGGUUACAAGUCUACCAGCUUGAUACAAAACAGCGCACCAUAGCGCAGAAGCUGAUAUCAGACACCUUGUUCUUUGGGAGUUUGGGGAAGUUGACAGAAGAAUCAUUUAUUAAUUUGAAUAAUAGAGAAGCCUCACCGGAGAUACAUGAGCAGAUUGAUUAUUUGGAAGAGGAAUUAGAAUAUGAUGAUAUUGAUGAUGAAUAAAUGUGAUAUUUGACUUUUACUGUCUCUGUUUCA